AUGCCAAUUUGUUCAUAUCUAUCUAUCUAUCUAUCUAUCUAUCUAUCUAUCUAUCUAUCUAUCAUCUAUCUAUCUUAUUCUGCCCCCUCUCUCUCGGUUUCUAUCUAUCUAUCUAUCUAUCUAUCUAUCUUAAUCUCUUUCUUAAUUUGUCCAUCUCUCUCUCUCUCUCUCUCUCUCUCUCUCGCAUUCUAUCUAUCAUUCUAUCGAGCAUUCUUAAUCUGUCCAUCUCCCUCUAUCGCUUUAUAUCUAUCUAUCUAUCUAUCUAUCUAUCUAUCUAUCUAUCUAUCUAUCUGUCUAUCUAGCUUUCUUCAUCUGUUCAUCUUUCUCUCUAUCGCUUUCUAUCUAUCAUUCUAUCUAGCUUUCUUAAUCUUUCCAUCUCCCUCUGUCGCUUUCUAUCUAUCUAUCUAUCUAUCUAUCUAUCUAUCUAUCUAUCUUAUUCUGCCCCCUCUCUCUCGGUUUCUAUCUAUCUAUCUAUCUAUCUAUCUAUCUAUCUAUCUAUCUAUUAUCUAUCUCCUUACAACUAAUGAUUUCUUCCUGUUCAUCUAUCUAUCUAUCUAUCUAUCUAUCUAUCUCAGUCUGCCUAUUCAUCUAUCUAUCUAUCUAUCUAUCUAUUUCAUUCCUUUUAUCUAUCUAUCUAUCUAUCUAUCUAUCUCUCUCAGUCUGCCUGUUCAUCUAUCUAUCUAUCUAUCUAUCUAUCUAUCUAUCUAUCUAUCUAUUUCAAUCCUUUUAUCUAUCUAUCUAUCUAUCUAUCUAUCUAUCUCAGUUUGCCUGUUCAUCUAUCUAUCUAUCUAUCUAUCUAUUUCAAUCCUUUUAUCUAUCUAUCUAUCUAUCUAUCUAUCUAUCUAUCUAUCUCAGUCUGCCUGUUCAUCUAUCUAUCUAUCUAUCUAUCUAUCUAUCUAUGUCUGUUCAUCUAUCUACCUAUCUAUCUCAAUCCGUUUAUCUAUCUAUCUAUCUAUCUAUCUAUCUAUCUAUCUAUCUAUCUAUCUAUUUCAAUCCGUUCAUCUAUCUAUCUAUCUAUCUAUCUAUCUAUCUAUCUAUAAAUUCUAUAUCCCACGUGUGCGAUGCGUUUAUUUAACAGACACUUCGGAUGUACGCGUCUCUGCCAAUUUAGUCACAUUUUCUUCUUCUUCUUCUUCUUCUUCUUCUUCUUCUUCUUCUUUUUCUUCUUCUUCUUCUUCUCCUCCUCCUCCUCUUCUUCUUCUUCUUAAUGUUUCACUAUUCGUUUUUCUUAUUCUUUACCUUUUCCUUCUUUUUAUUUUUCUUCAUCUUUUCUUCUUUUUCUUCUUGUUUUUCUUCUAUUCUUUUCCUUCUUUUUUUCUUUUAUUUUUCUGCUUCUUCUUCGUCUCUAUCUUUUCUUCUUCUUUUUCUUCUUAUUUUCGUCUUCCUUUUCUUCUUUUUCUUCUUUUCUUCUUGUUCUUCUUCUAUUCUUUCCCUUCUUUUCUUCUUUUCCUUCUUUUCUUCUUUUCUUUUUCUGCUUCUUCUUCGUCAUUUCUUCUUCUUUUCUUCUACUUCUAUUCUUCUCCUUUGCUUCUUUUCUUUUUCUCUUUCUUCUUCUCCAUCUCUUCUCCUUUUUCUUAUUUUCGUCUUCUUUUUCCUAUAUUCCUCUGUUUUCUUCUUGUUUUCUUCUAUUUUCUUCUAUUCUUCUUGUUUUCUUCUUAUUCCUUUCUUCUUCUAUCGUUUUUUUCUUCUUCUUCUCUCCUUCUUAUUUUCUUCUCCUCUUCUCUUCUUCUUCUUCUAUUUCGUCGUCGUCUUCUUCAUUGUGCCGCGCCUGUUUAUGUGUCUGCAGUAAUUUCCCUCAAAUGCUUCAAAUCCCGAUUUCUCUUCUUCCUCCUCCUCUUCUUCCUCCUCCUCCUCCUCCUUCUUCUUCUUCUUCUUCUUCUUCUUCUUCUUCUUCUUCUAUUUCGUCGUCGUCUUCUUCAUUGUGCCGCGUCUGUUUCUGUGUCUGUAGUCAUUUCCCUCAACUACUUCAAAUCCCGAUUUCUCCUCCUCCUCCUCCGCCUCCGUCUUCUUCUUCUUCUUCUUCUUCUUCUUCUUCUUCUAUUUCGCCGUCGUCUUCUUCAUUGUGACGCGUCUGUUUAUGUGUCUGUAGUCAUUUCCCUCAAGUGCUUCAAAUCCCGAUUUCUCCUCCUCCUCCUCCUCCUCUUCUUCUUCUUCUUCUUCUUCUUCUUCUAUUUCGCCGUCGUCUUCUUCAUUGUGACGCUCAUUUCCCUCAAAUGCUUCAAAUCCCGAUUUCUCCUCUUCCUACUCCUCUUCCUCCUCCGCCUCCUCCUCCUUCUUCUUCUUCUUUUUCUUCUUCGUCCCUCUUCCUUUCUCUCACCUCAGAUUACUCGACGUGUACCUGUUGCUCCUUUCCUACGUGGUUGCAUCUUUGCUGUCCUCCCUUUUUUAGGACGUACCCAAUAUAUGAGUCAUAAGUUGUGCUCUUCCUUUCAUUUUAGCUUACCUUUCAUCCUAACCGUCUUCAGCUAA